AUGCGAAUUACGAUCUGUUUUUUUUCUUCAGACCAUUAUACCAGCUACAUUUUUCUUUAUACGUUUUUUUUUUCUUCAUACGCUAUUUCUCGACUACAUAACCAAAUUAUGGAAUUUUCGUUCUUUAGAAUUCACUUUCUUUCGUUCGUGGUGAACUCCCUUUCAUUCUUUUUACAAUUCGUUUUCUUUCAAUUUUCUUUCCUUGUUAUUUUCUUUCUUCAGGAUUUUAGUUACUUUUCCUUUUUCUCUUUUUCCUUCAUAUCUAUUUCACUUUGUGAUCUAUCGCUUUCUUUCCUUCUCUCUCUCUCUCGCUCUCUCUAUCUAUCUAGAUAUCUAUUUCACUUUGUGAUCUCUUUCUUUCCUUCUCUCUCUCUCUCUCUCUCUCUCUCUAUCUAUCUAUCUAUCUAUCUAUCUAUCUAUUUUCCCUCUAAAGAAAACUAUAAAAUAUUUAUAUAUCUCCGACACUUUUUACUUUGUAACAUCUAUCUAUCUAUCUAUCUAUCUAUCUAUCUAUCUAUCUAUCUAUCUCAUUUCUUUUCUAUCUCUUUUCCUUUCUAUCUAUCUAUCUAUCUAUCUAUCUAUCUAUCUAUCUCUUUUCCUUUCUGUCUAUUAAUGACUGUCAUCUAUCUAUCUAUCUAUCUAUUUUCUUUCUAUCUCUUUUCCUUCUGUCUAUUAAUGUUCAUCUAUCUAUCUAUCUAUCUAUCUAUCUAUCUAUCUAUCUUUUGUCUGUUCAUAUCUAUCUAUCUAUCUAUCUAUAUCUAUCUAUCUAUCUAUCUAUCUAUCUAUCUAUCUAUCUAUCUUUCCUUUCUAUCUAUCUAUCUAUCUAUCUAUCUAUCUAUCUAUCUAUCUAUCUAUCUAUUGUAUCUUGUUUGUUUAACUUACCUGUUCUUUCUUUCUUUCUUUCUUUCUUUCUUUCUUUCUUUUAUGCGUCUAUUUGUCACUAUUUUUCCUUCCUUUAUUCAUUCCUUUAUUCUUUCUUUCUAUCUUUCUUUCUGUCGUUCUUUCUUUCUUUCUUUCUUUCUUUCUUCCUUUCUUUUUUUCUUUCUUUCUUUCUUUUAUGCCUCGGCUUCUAUCGAGAUUCUAUUUGUAACUAUCUUUCCUUCUUUUAUUCUUUCUUUCUUUCUUUAUUUCUAUCGUUCUUUCUUUCUUUCUUCCUUAUUUUCUUUCUUUCUUUCUUUUAUGUCUCGGCUUCUAUCGAGCUCUUCCUUUCUUUCCUUGACAUUACUUUCUUAUCAUCUUCCUUUUUUCUUCCGUUUACACCUCGGCUCCUAUUUGUCACUGUUUGUCUUUACUUUAUUCUUUCUUUCUUUCUUUCUUUCUUUCUUUCUUUCUUUCUUUAAUAUAUCAGUCUCCGUUCGUUAUUCUUUUUUUUUCUUCUCUUUCUGUCUUUUCUUUUUUUUUUCCAUCUUGGUUUCUGUUUUGCUAUUUCAUAUUUUUAUCUUUCUUUUUUCUCUUCCAUUUUUCGUUCUUUCACAUCGGGGUUUCUAUUUAUCUCUCUUUUUCUUUCCUUUACUCUUUCCUUUCUUAAUAUGUCCGUUUCUAUUUGUUGUUCUUUUAACAUUCUUUCUUUCUUUCUUUCUUUCUUUCUUUCUUUCUUUCUUUCUUUCUUUUAGAUCUCUCCUUCUAUUUAUAUUUGAUUUUCUUUUUCUCUUCCAUUGCUCUUUCUUUUAUAUUUCGACUUCUCUUUGUUGCCUUUGUUUCUUUUUCUUUCUUUUUUUUCUUUCAUUCUUUCUUUGA